ACAGUAGCACGAACACGGUCAGUUUUGAGUAGAGAAGAAAAUGGCUAACCGUACGAAGGCAUCGGAGCAACUUGCCGAAUUUUCCCAGGACAAGAAGACACCUGAUGUCCUCACCACUGGAACUGGGUGUCCCAUUGACACAAAGACGUCCACCAUGACAGUUGGACCCAGGGGACCUGUCCUGCUGCAGGACGUCCAGUUUCUGGAUGAGAUGAGUCAUUUUGACAGGGAAAGAAUUCCAGAGAGAGUGGUACAUGCCAAGGGAGGUGGAGCAUUUGGAUACUUUGAGGUCACUCAUGACAUCAGCAAAUACUGCAAGGCAGCUAUUUUUAACAGAAUUGGCAAAAGAACUCCUUGUGUCGCACGAUUUUCCACAGUGGGUGGUGAGUCUGGAAGUGCUGACACUGCCCGUGACCCACGUGGCUUUGCUAUGAAGUUCUAUACUGAAGAAGGAAACUGGGACCUUGUUGGAAACAACACUCCAAUCUUCUUUAUCAGGGAUCCAAUCCUGUUCCCAAGCUUUAUUCACACUCAGAAGAGAAAUCCCACCACUCAUCUCAAGGAUCCUGACAUGUUCUGGGAUUUCAUCACACUGCGUCCUGAGACCACCCAUCAAGUGUGCUUUUUGUUCAGUGAUCGCGGCAUUCCUGAUGGUUAUCAGCACAUGAAUGGAUAUGGAAGUCACACCUUUAAAAUGGUGAAUGCCAAAGGGGAGGCUGUGUACUGCAAGUUCCAUGUCAAGACUGAUCAAGGAGUAAAGUGUGUUCCUGGAGACAAAGCAGAGCAGCUGGCAGGUGCUGAUCCAGACUACAACAACAGGAUGCUGUACAAUGCCAUUACUAAUGGUAGCCCACCUUCAUGGACCAUGUACAUUCAAGUGAUGACCUUUGAAGAGGCGGAAAAGUUCCGCUGGAACCCAUUUGAUCUCACCAAGAUCUGGCCUCAUUCUGAGUAUCCACUCAUUCCAGUUGGCAAGAUGGUUCUCAAUCGCAACCCUAAGAAUUACUUUGCUGAGAUAGAGCAGAGUGCCUUUAACCCUGCAAGCAUGGUUCCUGGUAUUGAACCUUCCCCAGACAAAAUGCUUCAGGGUCGCCUCUUCUCAUAUCAUGAUACUCACCUUCACCGACUAGGAACAAACUACCUACAGCUGCGUGUGAACUGUCCUUACAGGACCAGAGUCACUAACUACCAGAGGGAUGGACCACAGACCUUUGAUAACCAAGAGGGGGCACCAAACUACUUUCCAAACAGCUUUACUGGGCCUUUGGAUAACUUGAAAUAUUCACCACAGACAGUGAAGAUAAGUGGCGAUGUGGCUCGAUAUAACUCUGCAGAUGAUGACAAUUUUUCACAGGUCACAAAUUUCUGGAACAAUGUUUUGAAUGAGGCAGAAAAGACAAGGCUAGUGAACAACAUUGCAGGGCAUCUGAAAGAUGCCAAAGAAUUUCUUCAGAAACGAGCUGUGAGCAAUUUCAGUCAAGUUUCCCCUGAGUUUGGUCAGAGAUUGACGGAGGCCUUAGCCAAAUACCACAUGCCAAAGGGAGCUGCUGCUCAGGCUAGUCUCUAAAAGCUAUCAUGGAGUAAGAAGAAAGAUGGGGACUUCAAAGUUUGGGAUAACUGGGAAUGAUCAUACUCUAUACGUGAUUCUCAAUUUUUGUGAAAUGAUUUUGGAGCUAAAUUAGAACAAAAGCUGAAACUCUUGGGAGAUGAUACCCCAAGACAAUGUCAUACUGAGAUUAAUGGAGCACUGUCACCUGGUCCAAACUGAAAAAGGUCAAGUAAUGUUUAUUCAGUUCUAUGGGAAUUCGAUAUUUAUGGACUCUAAUCAAAAUAAUGGAGAGUGGUUUCAAAACAUGAGCCUUGUGCUUACGUUUUGACGUUUUUCCAUUUUGCAAUUCACUCAUUUUAAUAAUCAACAGCGUUAAUCUUACCAAUACCUAAGGGCACUCUAUUGGUUCAGAUAUUUAUGAUGCGUGUUCUCGUAGCCGGUCUUAAAAUGUACGGCAGUGCUCCUCCAAAGCUUAAAAGGUAAUUUUUGUGUAGACCUUUUCUGCCUUUAGCAAUAAUACAUGGGAUGUGGCUGGUGAUCGUUUCGUUUUGGGAAAGUUAAACCCCUGUUAAUUAUUUUUAUAUAUAUAAAUCUUGGGUGAUUUGAACUAUGUUGUGUAAUUUUUGUAGCAAGUGUUUGCCGGCUUAUAUUAGAAUUGCCAAUUAUUUUAGGAGAUAUCAAUAAACUUGGAUUUGUCAACUUGGA